GAUCGCUCCUCGGUGGCCUCGGAGAAUAUGGUUCCCGAGUCUAGUGCAGUUACUGCACGGUCGCCCGAGGGAACUCCCUUUGCGAGCGGACUUGUUGUCCCAAGCUCAAGGACAGCUUUGGCAUCCGAACCCCAAACUCAUGCAGUUGUGGGCUUGGCCCCUGAGCGGGAGCGCCUGUCAGCCUUAGGGCUUUCGACUGCAGUUAUAUCGACCAUCCAGAGUGCGAGAGCGCCCUCUACUAGGUCGCAGUAUGCGUAUAAGUGGCAGCUGUUUCAGAGUUGGUGUCUGGCUGAGAGCCACGACCCAGUCUCCUGUCCUAUGGCAGUAAUAUUGCAGUUUCUACAGAAACUGCUGGAUGAAGGGAAAUCUCCUUCUACACUUAAAGUGUAUUUAGCCGCCAUUUCGGUUUGUCAUGUACGCAUUGACGGGUUAUCACCUGGUUGCCAUUUUUUGGCAUCUCAGUUUCUGAAAGGUGCAAGACGCUUGCGGCCUCCAAGAACGACCAGUUUACCGUCGUGGAGCCUUGAUGUGGUGCUAGAAGCCCUUACCAAGGCACCGUUUGAGCCUCUCCACAGCGUGGAUAUGAAGCUCAUAUCUAUUAAGACAGCUUUUUUGCUGGCUGUGGUAUCAGCAAAACGCGUGAGCGAGUUACAUGCACUUUCAGUGCAUCCUUCUUGUACUCGUUUUGCAGGAGACGGUUCUAAGGUCUCCAUGCGCCCUAAUCCGGCCUUUUUACCAAAGGUUAUAUCCCCGUUCCACAUGAACCAGUCAGUCGAGUUGAUGGCGUUCCAUCCUCCUCCUUUUUCUUCCCCAGAGGAAGAGCGGUUACACAUGCUCUGCCCCGUGAGGGCAUUGAGGUGUUAUAUGGACCGUACAAAGACUGUGAGGCAGACAGAACAGUUGUUCAUAUGCCAUGGUUCUAGAUCUUUGGGUCAGCCGCUGUCUAAACAGCGCCUUUCCCACUGGAUAGUGGAUGCUAUUAAAUUAGCGUAUGAAUCUGCAGGCCUUCCACCACCAGGGCAGUUGAAGGCGCAUUCUACCAGGGGUAUGGCGACAUCCUGGGCCCUCUUUCGAGGGGUGCCGGUGUCUGAUAUUUGCGCGGCAGCCAGUUGGGCUACGCCGCAUACUUUCAUGAGGUUUUACAGGUUA